GGACAACUCAGUGUGUUCAACAUGGCGGAAGAAGAUAUGUUCUUGGCAUCAACCUCGAAUAUGUUAUGGGAUCCCGUUUAUUCCAAGGACUGGGACAAAGAAAGUGUUACACCACAGUGUGUUCUGAGAAUCAAAAGGUAAAUUCGUGGUUUUAUUAUCGAACUAAUUCUGUGCACGGCUCGAUUUGCCGGGUUGACCACUUCAGAAAUUCUCAACUUGACGCAGGAACGGGAAUUUUUUUUACGACAGGUAGCAUCGCAGAGCUUUAUUCAACUCGCUGAAGCAUGGUUCGUCUCAACAUCCCCCUAAACCUGGUCCCGCAUAACUUCGAGAUAAUUUUCGGUAAAUUCUCUGUACCUUUACAGCUGGCCGAUGAAUUAAAUGCCGAAUUAUUUGCUUUCGACUUUGAAUGACAAGUCUUUUGUUUCGAAAACGAGCUUAUUGUUUCACUUUGGAAACCAAGUUAUGCAGGCAUCCUCUCGGAAAAUCAAACAUAAGCUAAUUUCUUCAAUAAAUUCGUUCAAGAGGUCGCUUUACGUCGCAUUUAUUUUUUGCUAGUAGGUUUUUGUAGAUGGACACCUCACGAAACAAUAUUUUGUGCAAAUAUUUCAUAAGUUUGAAAAAUCAACUCUACCAUCUGUUUCUUAUUCAGAAUUUGAAAGUUUCUAAAACAUAGUUUAGCUCUCAGUUUACCAGAAAGGUUAUGAACCGUUUUCCAUUAUUGGAAUAUAAUUCGCUUGUGCACCCCUCUGAAAAACUAGCUUGUCCCUGCAAUGACAAGUGUGUGUUUGGUAUGGAUAAGUGUCCCUGUUACCAAGUUUGCAGUCCACCUGGCUGUUAUUAAGAUGCAUGAAGCCCUGGUUUCAGAAUGAGGGUCAGUGUAAAGCUUUCAAUUUGAAAAUUAAUUUUAUUUUUGUGCAAAUUUACUCAGUUUCACAAGAUAGGUCUUACACUAAGCCUCAUUUUGAAAGCAAGGGUGUCAAGAACUUAUUAAAAAUUUAGAGGUUUAAGUAAUACAUGUAGAGGUUUUGUCAUAGUGCUUUCAGGGUAUAUCAAUGCCAGCCCCAGUUUACCUUUCUUAAAUUUGCGGCAUAAGAUCACACAUUUACAAACAGCUGUCUUCUUCAGUGUCUUUCCACCAUACUUUCCAUGGUAUUGUUGGAUGUCUUCUUCAUUAGAUUGUAAGAAGACAAUCAGCUGGAUAUUCUUACUUGAAAGUAACAUUAAUGGGGUUUCUUUAUCUCCAGGGUUUCUUGGACCUUUGAGUCAAAUCUACAUAUAAUUAUGGUCAGCUGUUAAGCCCAGAUCCAGACAUUUAUUCUCCUCUCUUUUGUUAGGGAUAUUAUGAGUAUUUACAAUGAACCUCCACCUGGGAUGUGUAUUGUUCCAGACAAAGAAGACAUCACAAAGGUUUGUAAUCAUUUGAAUGACCUGUGUUACAUGGGGAGAUUAGUCUGGAAAACUGGGAUGUGGUCAUGGUAAUUUGGCAUAAAAUCUUUUCAGUUUUAAAUUUUUGCUCAAUUUUUUACCUAAUGUAUAGCUGUAAUGCCAUUUAUGGUAGGCAUCACUGGUAUAAAAAUAUAAAAGGAUUGUUGUGAACUUUUUUUAUUUUACAAAGCAGGGAUUUCAUUAAGGUUUGGGCAGUAAGGAAAUUGAAAAAAUCAAAAUCUCCACCAAAAGAAUAAAGUAUAAGUUGCGUGUAUUAGCUUAUGCUUUCCUUAUGUGUCAGUGAUGCACUUUCUUGUAACUCAUGUGCCACUGUUUUGUUUUUACCUCAUUUUGACAUCAUUUGUCUGUGAUCUAUUACUUAACAGACCUACAACAAUAUGGAAUCUAUUUGUAUGGUAAUUUAAGUGUAUAUAGUAUUUCAGUUAAUGUGUGAUAUUAGAAUAGGGAAACCUAACCAUUUUUUUCAGAGUCACACAACAAGACUUAAGAAUAACAUCACAUCCCUCUGUUUUGUUUUACAUUCCUACUUUCAAAACAUAUAUCUUAAUUUCUAUUUUGUCCAGAUUCAUGCUCUAAUCACAGGCCCAUUUGACACACCCUAUGAAGGGGGCUUCUUCUAUUUCCUGAUCCGGUGUCCUCCUGAUUACCCCAUCAGGCCCCCCAGAGUCAAAUUAAUGACAACUGGGGGAGGGCAGGUCAGAUUUAACCCAAAUUUGUACAGAAAUGGCAAAGUAUGCUUGAGUAUUCUAGGGUAAGUGUUUUUUCCUGUUGUUUCAAAUUUUAAAACCAUCUAUAGAUCCAUCAGUAAUUAAGGGAUUUGAAGUAAUAUUUAAAGGUAUCUCUAGUUUUGCAGCAGACUAUCAGUGUAUAUAGUUUUCAAUUUUAUAAUGAUAAAUAAACAUUGUGUUACUCUUGAAAUUUUGUUGAAGAAUAAAUGUUCAAUAAUUUGUCCUACAUUGUCAUACAUACUAUCAAUUGCUUGUGACAUUUCUGUUGCCAUGCUGCUAGUCAUCACCUGAUCAAGACUAGCAGUUAGGAGUCUAAACACUGCAGUACAUGUCAACAUUAUGGGUUGAGCUUUUAGUAGGAAUUAAAGUGCUCUUGUAAAAACAAGAAGAUGACAUAUUUGCAGAUUUUUGUUUUCAAUCAGGAGAGGGCUCUAUUAUGCCUGAUGACAGUUGUGUCUCACACUUUUUGCUGAUAAAAAAGGGUGCAAAGAAUCUUUACAAAUAAUUUCAGAGCAUUUAGAUGAAUAUUUGACUUGAAAUUGAGUGAGGGAAUUUUAAAGGUCUUGACCUGUAUUUAAACAACUGGGAAUCAUGGAGACACUUAUAACAAAAUACAGCAAUGUUAACUAUGUAAUAAUGUACACAAAAAGAUGAUGCGCUUCUGAUUGGCUUAUAAGGAAUGCAUUUUUCGUGUAAAGUGAGUGCAAAGUUGUAACAUGAGUGCAGAUUACAGAUAGUAUGCAUGCUGCUAAAAUUUUGUCGAUCUUGACUUUCUGUGAUGUGUUUUUCAAUAUAAACUAUUGAAACAUAACAACUUGAUUUCUCAUGUAAUUUGGUAUAAAUAAGCAUUUGCAAAUUUUCCAGAGACCACAAGUUGCACUUGCCCUAUGGGCUUGUGUAAUUUUGUUGUCUUUGAAAAAUAUACUCUGGCUUAUUAACUCCAAAUGGCACUCGAAAUAAUGUUGUUACCUGUUCUAAUUUAUCUUCUUUUUUUUUAUAGGACAUGGUCUGGUCCAGCUUGGAGCCCUGCACAAUCACUUUCAAGUGUAUUAAUCUCAAUCCAGUCCUUGUUAAAUGAAAAACCAUACCACAAUGAACCAGGGUUUGAACAGGUGUGUGCAAAUGUAAAUUCCUGUACUGUUAACCCUUUAACUCCCAGAAGUGAUUAACAUAAAACUUCUCCCUACAAUAUCCAUACAUUCUUCAGCAAACAGGUAAUGAGAAUAUUCAAACCUAUCAGGUAGAAGCUGCUAUCCCUACAAUAUCCAUACAUUCUUCAGCAAACAGGUAAUGAGAAUAUUCAAACCUAUCAGGUAGAAGCUGCUAUCUUUAACUCCCAGAAGUGAUUAACAUAAAACUUCUCCCUACAAUAUCCAUACAUUCUUCAGCAAACAGGUAAUGAGAAUAUUCAAAUUAAUUAAGUAGAAGCUGCUAUCUUGAUGUAGCACCAAGUUCUCAUAACUAAUUUACAAGGAAAUGUCUUGCAGCUACAGGGGAGAAUUAACAAUCAGAUCUUGGGAGUUAAAGGGUUAAAAAUUUAUAAAAUGACAAAUUUUGGAUGCCUUGGGUUUACUGCUAGUGACUUGUAAGCUUUCCAAUUAGUAGGCUAUACUCUUGAUAGCAAUGCUCUUGGAUACAGAAGCCACUAACAUGUUAGAGUGACUUGCAUCUUAUUUUCUGGGAGUCUUGUUGCUGGAUCAAACAUUAAGGUCAUGCAAAUGAAGGAAAUGAUUCCUAGUUAAAGAAGCUGUAGAUGGUUGAACAAAGUCUCCUCAUCAGUACCAUAGGAAACGUAUAGAGAACAAAUUUGGAGAAUUUGUGGAUGUGUUAAAGAUGACUCCAUUAUAAAAGGGAUAACUCAUCCCAGUACAGUACAACAUGGGUACAACAUGGGUUUCUUACUUAAGAAUUGUGGACUUAUUGUAGGAAAGGCAAGCAGGAGAUUCAAGGAGAUACAAUGAAUGCAUCCAACACGAAAGCCUCAGGGUGGCUGUUUGUGACAUGCUGGAGGGAAAACUGAAAUGUCCAUCAGCUCUCAAGUAGGUCUUUUCAUUUUGUUAUCUAGCUAAGAGUGAUAAGCAUUUAAUUUCUCCCAACAGUUUUACGCCUGAUUAAAACAUUACGGUUGUGAGAAUAAUGGAAAUGGUUGCAAUCUUAAGAAGCUUUGAUGGUCAGAUAAAUUCUCCUUGUAAUUAACAUUGGAAAUGUAUAGAGAAUAGUGUGGAGAACUUUUAUACUGAUGUUUGGGUGUAAAGGUUUAAAAUUGCUAGGAAAAAAACUUCACUUUUUCCUUUAAGAACUGUAGUGUUGAAGCAAAACUGUUGACCAUAUUUGAUAACUUUGGAGAUCAGCUUGAAAAUAAGUUUAAAUUCAUGGAACUUUAGUUUUUGUUUAUUGUUAAGAAAAUCAUCUCAACGGCAAGAAAAGGAGGAAAAGUUGUAGUGAUAAUAAUAUGUUGUAUUGGUCAAUUUUUCAGAGAUGUAAUGGAGAAAUCAUUCCCGGAAUUUUAUGAUUACUACUUGUCAGUUAUCAAUGAUAACUCACAUCUAAAUGGACAAAACAUGCUGGUGAGGACAAACUAAAUAUUAUCAGUAAUCAUCAGCAAGCAUUUUGUUUCCAACUAACUUUGUGCUUCAUCAGUGAGCCAGUGAAAAAUUUAAGUAAAGAUUGACGUGAUCCCAACUCCAGUGAGGGAUUGAAGACACAAUUUGGGUAAACAGUAGAAGAAGGCCUUAUUAAUAACUGGUUAAAUAUUCUUUCCAUCUGAUAAAGGGCUUAUAUUCAAAACAUCAACUUGAAAUCUUUCAAAUUUUGGGUGGUUAUGGUAGACUUACUUUUUUAACAACAAACUUUGUUCUUUGUAGAGGUGUGUCUCAAUUUAGAUUAGCAACAAGCACACAGCCAUUUCAUGUUGACUCUGUUUCCCUUAUGUCAACAAUAGAUUAUAUUUGCGAUAGAUAGCAUGAUUUAAAGAAAUCUCAAGGCCUCGCUUUGCGCUAUCCACCUCAGCCUUGAGCUUCAGCAGAUAAGACAAAUCUCAGCAUUAAUAAUUCUCACUAUCAUGGUCAACCUCAUCCAAUAAUGGUUAGCUGACAUGAGACCUCGUUUGUAAAAUAAAUAAAUACCAUCACACAAUACACCAUCAAUGCACUCCUUUUCACAUUAAUCAGAACUGUAUCUUUUUGCCUUAGGAUCCCUUUGGAGAGAAACGAGGAACAUUUGACUUUGUUUCAAUUAAACAAAGACUUGAGGUCAUCAAGAAGAAACUUGAAGAGAGGAAGACCACGGCACAGGGCUCUGAUGCCUCAUCAAGUGAUAAUGAGAACAUAGAGGAAUCUUAACACAGAUAAAUAUGCUAUUUGUACAAUCAUGUAUGCAGUUAUAAUUUAUAUUUCAGUUACAAGGGCAUGUCCUGCCUGCAUAGCUGAUUAUUCUGUGAGAGUAGUAGGUGGCAAAGGUGUUAACAUUUAUGGCUACACUGCCUUCAGUUUCACCCAGCACCUAAAGGUGGUUCUCUCCCUGGAGUUACCUAGAAUGAACUGUGAACAGAUUUAUUGGAAUGGCUGAAAAAAAGGUGGCAAAUUGUUGAGUAUCAAUUUGUAUUGAGAGAAGGGGAUAAAUUGGAAAGGAUUUGGUGACUUGUUCUUCCAAUGGAUGAAAUGUUGGAUCGCAAUGAAGUGAUAUGUCCCAAGGUAAUCAAUUUAAAGUUGCAAAUAAACCUGUGAGAUAGUUAUUACAGGUACAGUAAGUUCUAGAGGGAAAGGAAAACAUCAAGCAAUCUAAAUAAGAGAUAUGCUUUGCUUCCAAAUGGCCACAAGAUCAAGCAAGGUUUGUUUUUUGAAUGUUUUUGUGUUGAAAACCCAUGAGAAGCUAAGGCUUCACUACCUGUAGAAUUGAAGUAAAAAGUACUCUGAUUGCAUUCUCCUGGUAGAUAUUUCACCAAAAUAUGUCAGUCAACCCAUAUUCAAUUUCUCACUUCCAAUUCAUAGAAUUGAGAGAUUGAUACAAUUCAGUCAGGAAGGGCCAACAGAGGGGGAAUAAGGUGGGGAAUGGGUCAGUGGUUUCCUCCCCCCCCCUUCAUCAACAUAUUACGGAAGAGUUGGCUCCAGACCUCCUCAGAAGCUUUCACCUCAAACAACUGCUUAUCAGCACCCCCACCCCAACCCACUUUAAUUUUUGCUCUACUGUUCCUUUACCAUUACCUUUACCUUGACCACUACACUAACUCAACUAGGGUUAGUUAGGUAGCAGUCAUUUAUAAUAUAAUUUUGUUCAUGGUGUAAUAAAUUGAGCUCAAACCUUAACCCCUUAAUUCCCUUGAAUGGCUGAGACAAAAUUUCUUUUUACAAGUGAUAAGAAUAAAGAAAAAUAUCAAUUAGGGAAUUAGUCUUUGAUUCAAUCCCAACUUCUCUGAACAAACAUAAAAAAAUUUGUAUGGAAGACAGUAAGGAGAACUACUAAUGAGAUCUUGGGAGUGAAGGGGUUAAGAGAAAGCAAGUAAUGACCUUGUGCUCUUCAUUUUCCUGGUACAAGUUCUUAAAUUUAAACUAUUGUUUCAACUAGGGGAAAAGCACUGUAUUCUUACAAGCUAAGAAAAAAGCAAAAAAUAACAAGUAUCAAUGUUGCUGUCCUCGAUGUCAAUAUGCAAGACGCAUUGUUCACAGAAAAUGUUAUCAUCUGUUCAAAAAUAACUAAACAUUUAUUUUAUUGUUAUUUAUGCUAGAAGUACAAUGUCGUCCAUUAAAAAUAAUACUAUAGAUCUAAGUUAGAGAAACUUAAUUUUUUUUAAACGAA